AGGUCCCCGGCGGUAACGAAGGUUGGGCAGAGCUUACCUCCUGCUCAGCCUGGCCUCACCGCUGGGGCCCCCCUCGUCUCGAGCUGCAUUGUGCAGAAAGGAGUCUUUGGUUCCUCAUACUGUACACGGUGCUUCAGUGUCUGUUUUGCCUGAGUACCGUACACGUUCAUUGAUUGUCGGAGUGCGCAUUGACUGUUCAGAUUGUCGGAGUACCGUGCGCUUUCAUUGAGUGUCGAAGGCCUGUGCACAUUCUUUGUGGUAGCCUACGAGUACCGUACACACUCAUUCUUUGCUUGACUCAGAUUCCCGCACGCGUGCUGCAGAGUGUCUUUUGCCUGAGUACCGUACACACUCUUUGGAGGUCGAGUUUGACAUCUGUUCAACACUCUUGUGAGGACAUCUGUUCGACACGACGACAGAUUCUAAGCGUUCGCGUGAGGACAUCAAUUUCUUGGAACAGUGGGGGUUUCCAGAGGAGCUCAAGUAUUCGAACACCGUCACCUUCGCAGCGAUGUCUCAGCAACACCCAGCAGGUGCGCCCUGUUGUAAGAAGAGUAAGGCUGUGGGUGAGGAUGAGGAUAUGAUUCAGGCAAGCAGUGAGGAGGAGGAGCAGUUCGGCGAAUUUGAUGACGGCAAUCCUAUGAAGCAACAGUUUGCUAUGAUGAAGGCUAUUCUUGGCGACAUUCAAAAUAGGCUGGAGCAUAUCUCUGUGUUGUAUGGUAUGAGGCCUCCGAGUUGGGGCCACAAUAUGUUCAGGUGGAUCUAUCGAGAAGGAAACGAAAGAGCUGACAGGCUGACAUGGUUGGCCAGAACCAAAAAUAGUUACGUUACGUUCCAUACCUCACUUAUUGAACAUGCGAGUAAAACAAAACUAGACGGCCUCCGUGGAUUCUUCGACGGAGGUCGCUCUGUGGAGGGAUGUGCUGCAGGAUGGUGUAUAGAUUUGUGUGUACACGGGACGUGGCAGUUGGUGGCGGAGGAAGCUGUCUCGCUUGAUGCCUCUGCUUCUGUCAUGUUUUGUGAGAUGAUUGCAGCACAACGGCUCUGUAUGGCCGUGGAGCACAUUUUGGGUAGCAUCUUUCAUCCAAGCAGCUGACUCAUUUCAUCUUGCUUGGAGCUCUCCAACACCUUUACAUUUUCACAUGUUGUAUUGCAUCCUUUUCCUUGUUCCUGCAUCCUAUUCCGUUGCCUAUGCCUCAGUGGCUCGGCAGUGUGAUGAUAAGAGUUGCCCUCUCCAGCUACCCUGUGCUCCGUUUGGGAGUCUUAGGGCUCAGCUGUCACAGCUGUCCGCGCCCUGACUCAAACUCAAAAACCAGGUUGACGGUUUACCGCCGGCGCCCAGU